AUGAGAACGCCCGUAUCUGUGCUUCGCCUCCCGAGAGGACCUGAUCCGAAUAGCCGCGGAUUCGACCCGAACUCACCCCGUUUCAUCGCGCUGUGUCCAACUACUAUUUCAUCUUCGACUGAAACGGGGACUGACUAUGUCCAAAUUGGAGAACAGCAGCGUGCAUGGUCGGCUUUCUGAGAACGCUCAUAGCCAUGACUAAUAAGCUGGUGCAAUUCCACAUCUACGAGAGUCUAGGUUGAGGCGAAGUUUGGAGCUUCGGACAUUGACGUGCUCAACUUCCAAGUUUCGGAACUACAUACCCCCAUUGGGAUGCAGAAAGAAGCUCUGCUCAGGUGUUAGGAUGUCAUUUGAUACUUUUUUGAUAUCUGAACAGUGCUGUUCACCAAUUUGUGAUGUUCAGUGUUUUUCAUUUAUUUGUGAUGUUUUUUAACAGAUAUCCAAGAAACUGAAUCUGAUUUGAACUGUUAUUUCUAAUAUCAUUUCGUUUCACAUACAGGGCGUUUUGGGGACAGUCAAUGAUAACUGUUCCAUUCCAAAAGGGUGUUCAGUCUGACCGAAUAUGUAGCAAGAUGUUUCCAUUUAUUAUUCUGUUACUUUGAGUAUGAGGGAGACUUGCCAUUGCCAUAUGUUAUUUUUAUGUGGCCAGCCAGGUAUUGAGCACACUGUGAUAUACAGUAUUUCUAUGAUUUGAUGUUUCAUAGUUUUCCAAUUUAAUGUACCUCCACUGGAGGGAGAUGUCAGCACUGUGUUUGCAACAGGCAUGUCAGGGGGCUCAUAUACCACCAGGUUCUCUGACGCUCAGCAGUUCUCAGCUGUCCAGGCCAUUUCAUUAGGAAGACAUAAGGAAACAUGUCUGCAG